GCCUGGGCGACCCUGUGAGGUGCCUGGGUUGCCGCUGUUCUUGCUUCUCGGUCUCCCGCGGGCGCCAUGGAGGAGGAGGAGGAGGAAGCGCGGGGGCUGCUGGCCGACGGCCCCGACGAGGCCGGGAGAGAUGGCCCCGCCGUCGCCGGGGCGCUGCCCGCGCUCUGCGACCCCAGGCGCCUGGCGCACCGGCUUCUGGUGCUGCUGCUGAUGUGCUUCCUCGGCUUCGGCAGCUAUUUUUGCUAUGAUAAUCCGGCUGCCCUUCAGACUCAGGUUAAACGGGAUAUGCAGGUGAAUACCACGAAAUUCAUGCUGCUGUAUGCCUGGUAUUCUUGGCCCAAUGUAGUUUUGUGUUUCCUGGGUGGCUUUUUGAUAGACCGAGUAUUUGGAAUACGAUGGGGCACCAUUAUUUUUAGCUGCUUUGUUUGCAUUGGACAGGUUAUUUUUGCUUUGGGUGGAAUAUUUAAUGCUUUUUGGCUGAUGGAAUUUGGAAGGUUUGUGUUUGGGAUUGGUGGGGAGUCCUUAGCAGUUGCCCAGAAUACGUAUGCUGUGAGUUGGUUUAAAGGCAAAGAACUGAACCUGGUGUUUGGACUCCAACUUAGCAUGGCUAGAAUUGGAAGUACAGUAAACAUGAACCUCAUGGGAUGGCUGUAUUCCAAGGUUGAAGCUUCGUUGGGUUCUGCUGGUCACACAACCCUUGGAGUCACACUUAUGAUUGGGGGUAUAACCUGUAUUCUUUCACUAAUUUGUGCCUUGGUCCUUGCUUACUUGGAUCAGAGAGCAGAAAGAAUUCUUCAUAAAGAACAAGGAAAAACAGGUGAAGUUAUUAAGCUGACGGAUGUGAAGGACUUCUCCUUGCCCUUGUGGCUCAUAUUUAUCAUCUGUGUCUUCUAUUAUGUGGCGGUAUUCCCUUUCAUCGGACUGGGGAAAGUGUUCUUUAUAGAGAAAUUUGGAUUUUCUUCCCAGGCAGCAAGUGCUAUUAACAGUGUUGUGUAUGUCAUAUCAGCUCCCAUGUCCCCAAUAUUUGGGCUCAUGGUGGAUAAAACAGGGAAGAACAUCAUCUGGGUUCUGUGUGCAGUGGUGACCACCCUUGCUUCCCACAUGCUGCUGGCCUUCACGCUGUGGAACCCGUGGAUUGCUAUGAGUCUCCUGGGACUCUCCUAUUCAUUGCUUGCCUGCGCAUUGUGGCCAAUGGUGGCGUUUGUAGUUCCUGAACAUCAACUGGGAACUGCAUACGGCUUCAUGCAGUCCAUUCAGAAUCUUGGUCUGGCGAUCAUUUCUAUCCUUGCUGGCAUGAUACUGGAUACUCGGGGAUAUUUGUUUUUAGAAGUUUUCUUCAUUGCCUGUGUGUCUUUGUCACUUUUAGCUGUGGUCUUCCUCUAUUUGGUGAACCGUGCCCAAGGUGGGAACCUAAAUUACUCUGCAAGACAAAGGGAAGAAAUGAAACUUUCUCAUGCUGAAUGAGAAGUUUAAAUGACUGUGUCAUGAGAGUGGGCUGCACACAUCAUUGAUCUGAAAACCUCUAUUAAAAAAAUUAUAUAGAGUUUAGUCAAUAGGAAAAAUAAUGGCCUGGAAAGUUAUGUUUAUAUUUCAAGUACACCUGUUUCUAAGUAUAUUUGUGAGGACUAUUUUACUCUCUGUCUUUUGUGUGUUGCUGAAGAAUUUUACUUCAGAAUAGGCUAAUCAACAGUGAAGUUUAGGAAAUUACUCUGGGACUUGCAGGUGAAUUUCAGUAAGGACAGUAAAUAAUGGAGAUCAUUGGAUUUAUAUUGAGAUCAUUUUCACAAAGUAUAUCAUAGAGAUUUGGCCUUUUCUUUAUCUUAAAGCAAAAAAUAUUUUUUUAAAGCUUUUAAGGGGGAAAGGGAUGUUUUAUUAUAGUGUAAACCAUGGCAUUUUAAUAGGCAUUCCCUUUUGUAAUAGGGACUAUUUGAAAUAUACUUGAUGAAGUCUCUUCAUUUUUACAAAUAGAUUGUGUUCUGCUCUUUUUACUUAUGAGACAGGUUGCUGAGCGGUGACCCUUUUGAGCUUCUCUCUCUCUCUCUCUGUUACUAAGCACCUUUAUUACUUAGGGACAUAAGUUUGUGGUAUGAGCUUUCUGUACAGUUUUUUAAUAUAGUCUAAUUAAUUACUGAAAAUGUCCUCUAAAUGAUGAUAAUUCCAUUUCUACAUGGAUAAAUAAAAACAUUGUAAAAGGAAUCUACAUGAUGUCUUAUAACUUUUGAGUUUUUUAAAAAAAUCUUAAAACACUGAUUUUAACUCUUAUUUAUGUGGAAGAUUAUAAGAAAAUCUGUGUUGGACUAAAGAAAAUUUACCUAAUUAUUUGUUCAAAGAUUAUGGGGAUUAGCUUUUUCUCUAGUGUAGGACCUUAAUGUGACAUUUAUGUUUUUCACAUUAAAUAAAAUGUGGAUAUGAAAUUUC